UUCCCACGCCUUUCGUCCUUGGUACGCUACUACAAGAAGUUCUCGUCUUAUGACAAAAGAGCUUUUCUCACAGAAGCGUUUCCGAUAAAGACAGAUGAUAUAGCGGUUGCCGAUUGA